AUGUUGAAACGUGACGACAACGACAAAGUCAUGCGUCUGAUAAGAGAGCCUUCUGAAUUACUAUUUGACGUAGCGAAAAUAGGAACUUAUGAAUUCUUAUCUGUGCUUAUUGACUCUUAUCCUGAAUUGCUAUUGGAAUAUGAUGACAACAAUCGAACUAUCUUCCAUAUUGCAGUCUUGCAUCGUCAUGCAACGGCUCUUCAGAUGCAGCGAGAAUUAGUAUGGUUAGAGGAAGUCAAGAAGAUUGUGCAAUCUCCCUUUAUAGAUAUGAAAUAUAAGCAAGGAAAAACACUUCGAGAAUUAUUCACUAGCGAGCAUGAGGAUUUAUUGCACGAGGGAGAAUUAUGGAUGAAGGACACUGCAAAUCCGUGCAUGCUUAUUUCAACUAUUAUCGCCACUGUUGUGUUUUCAGCUGCAUUUAGCAUCCCAGGAGGUAUAGCUGAUAAUAAGGGAACACCAAAUUUCAUAAAGGAGACAUUUUUAAUCUUCGCUAUAUCUGAUGGAGUAGCACUCUUUUCCUUCUCAACUACAAUUCUCAUGUUCUUGUCCAUCCUCAAGUUGCGGUAUGCUGAAAACGAUUUUCUUAAAUCCUUACUGUUGAAGUUGAUGAUCGGACUCACAUCACUCUUCGUUUCAAUAACAUCCAUGAUAGAAGUUUUCAGCACAGCCUUCUAUUUAUCUUGUCACUAUGGAUUAAGAUGGGUUCCGGAUGUUAUAUUCAUAUUUGCAUUUGUUCUAGUUGUUUUGUUUGCAUUCUUGAAGUAUCCUCUCUUGUCUGACAUAUUAUUUUCGAUAUAUUGUUCAAGUCUUCUGUUUCAGCCAAGGAGAGAUAUGAUUUAA